CUCUCUCUCUCUCUCUCUCUCUCUCUCUCUCUCUCUCUCUCUCUCUCUCUCUCUCUCUCUCUCUCUCUCUCUCUCUCUCUCUCUCUCUCUCUCUCUCUCUCUCUCUCUCUCUCCCUUUCUCUCUUUCUCCCGUCCUCUUACAACAUCAAAGACAGCACGAGAACAUCACCACAGCAUUUCCUGCGACACUUUUCAUAUAAAAUUUGGUAGCCGGGAGGGGCAACCAACCCGGCCUUGAGAGUCAAAAAACAAGGGGGAGGAGCGAGCCUUCCUUUGAACUCCGUCACGAUGUCAGCGGGUGAGGGAACUGCAGAUAUCAGCAGCAUCUCGGACAAAAUGCUGACGCAGAUCAUCCACAACCUUCACUCCUUCCCUAAUGAGACGGUGGAUCUGACGCAGCCUCACCUCCGCCGCUCACUCUCCAACGUCUACCCGCUCUACAUCUUCCUCUACAGCCUCCUGGUGGUGUGUGGGACAGUGGGCAACGCAGCCAUGAUUGCCCACAUUCUCCGCCGGCGCCUGCACAGGAACCCAACCAACGCUUACCUUAUGAACAUCGCAGUGUGCCAGUUCAUCAUGAGUUUUCCCCUCCUGCCUCUCUCUCUCGCUAUCCUCCUUGUGCAGAAUUGGAUCUUCGGCAGCUUCCUCUGUUACUUCGUGCCAAUGAUUCAGGACGCGCCCAUUCAUGCUACUAUGGUUACGCUGGUGGUGGUGAGUGUGGACCGCUACCGUCGCAUCGUGUACCCCCACAAGGCCCGUCUGCCACCCUUCAUCGCCGUCCUGGGCGUGUGGAUAACCUCCGUCUGCGUGGUGCUGCCCUACGCAAUAUACAUGAACUACAUCGACCUGCAGGUGUUGUUCGGGAAGCAGUUCAAGGGCGCCGGGAUCUGCACCGUCAACCUUGGGGACGAUAUUGCUGAGUACAUUCGCGGCCUCUUCAUCAUGUUGUACGUCCUCCCCCUGGCGGUGAUCGGUUUCGUGCAGGUGCGAGUGAGUGCCGAGCUGGGGCGGCGAGAAGGUCCCCUUACGCUGUCAGUACUGGACCGUAGCACCUCCCGCAGCUCCCCGCCCGACCUGUGGACCAUGCCUCAAUCUCCACCGCCCUCCUCCAGCGCCAUACUGACGGAGUUACCGGAGGGACAGGAACUGUUCUCGGACGUCCACCAGCUGCCGUCCUUCCUGUCCCCCUCUGGUGGCUGCCACACGCCCUCCCUCGUGCGGGGCCGGGCGGACUCCCUCUACCAGCUGGAGGGCUCGGAGGCUGAGGCGGCCCUAGAGCGAAGGACACAGCGGUACCUGGCAUCCAUGGUCACCGCCUUCGCUCUCUGCCUGUGUCCCCUUAUGAUUCUUAGGUUGGUGAAGAACAUGGUGAUGGAGACCUACGACAACUCAGGCCACUUCGACAUCACGUUCAUCACCUUUGUGUGGGUCGGCCUUCCUGCCAACCGUCACCACGCCGGCGCUCUAUGCUGCCUGGCGCAUGAGUCGGUCAACCAAGGAGAGGAUCAGGAACUACCUUCACAUAUGCGGCUGGCGUGGAAGACGGGGAGGAAACACCCAGAACUUCACGCCCAUGUUGUACUCUUGCCACCCACGCCUCUCGAUGGACGCACCUUCCUCCGCCCCCGCUUCCUCCCCGGCCCACCUCCACCUGCACUCUCAAUCUGGAGAGCCCUCUUCUCCUCGCCCCACCACCCCAGUCUGCGCGAGUGCUUUGCCGCCCCGCCCUGAUCACCCCAGACCUUACUCCCUGGCGCUUCCCUCCUGAGGUUGUGAGGUUGGUUGGACGCGUCAUUCGGACUAAGCGGGUUCAGGUUGUAGUUCAUUAACGGAGUGGCAGCUUCAGCGUCACGCCAGUUUACUCUAUUACUACUUGGCGAAAACAAUCGUGAUCUCGUCCACUGCAGCGAGACGAGCGUGAUUCUGAAUCAGUCCCCCCUCGCUGUCAUCUCUUUCCUAGGGGUGAAAGAAUCACUUGCUAUUCACAGCUAAGUAUGAGGAAAAAAUACGGAUAUCUGGAUGAAUUGUACUAGUUUAACGUUGAUAUAUCAGAUGAAAUAUUUAUGAACUAGGUUAGUGUGUAAUAUAAGGCAACGGUAAACGGAAUCGUCGAGUGUUUCGUUGGUGGUGAUCGACGCUCAAAAGGAAGAAGGGAGGGAGAAAUAAAGGUGGAGUCUUCCCUUGCAGCACUCCAAAGUUAAUUAAGGUCGACCUAUUAAUUGUUAGUUUGUUUUAGAUGUCUCUUUACCUUUAACGCUGAGAUAUGUUACUGUAUCUUUACAAUUCUGGCCGCAUGUACACAAAUUAGGCUAACUUGUGUUAUAACUUAGAGUAUGUAUUGACUGUGUUUAAUGUUUAACUGUCAUGGGUUGAGUGACUGGCUGGUCUCGCUCGCUACGUCAGUCGGUCAGUCUGUCUGUCUGUCUGUCUGUCAAGUGGUGUUCUACAUAGUGACUGGUUUGUGUGAUCACUUAGGGAAAGCCAAGAAAGAUAAGGACGCAACAAUGCCAAAGCCAACCUGUUAAUGGAGUAUUGGCAUCAAGUUUACAUUAUACAACUUGAUACUUUUUUUUUUUUUGUUGCGUUAGUUGCAGGAGAGGUUAAAGUUACGAAGGAAGUCGUAAGUACAAUUCCAUCAAUUUGUGUUCACAUGGUUUCUGUCACUGUUAAUGGUUUGUGUUCACAUGGUUUGUCACUGUUAAUGGUGGAGAUGAAAAAAAAUGUAUAUUGUAAUCUUA